CCCGCUCUGGACUCCGGCGCCAGUCCCGCUCCGCGCCGCGCUGCUCCGCUCUGGCUCCGGCUCGCCUCGGGCUCGGCUCGGGCUCCGGCGGCGGCGGCGGCCCCCCGCCCCCCAGCACCGGGCCCCGGGGCCGGCGGCGGCGCCCCCAGCAUGGCCCGCGCCCAGGCGCUGGUCCUGGCGCUCACCUUCCAGCUCUGUGCGCCGGAGACCGAGACUCCGGCAGCUGGCUGCACCUUUGAAGAGGCGAGCGACCCCACAGUGCCCUGCGAGUACAGCCAGGCCCAGUAUGACGACUUCCAGUGGGAGCAAGUGCGGAUUCAGCCGGGCACCCGGGCCCCUGCGGACCUGCCCCAUGGCUCCUACUUGAUGGUCAAUGCUUCCCAGCAUGCCCCAGGCCAGCGGGCCCAUGUCCUCUUCCAGAGCCUAAGCGAGAACGACACCCACUGCGUGCAGUUCAGCUACUUCCUGUACAGCAGGGAUGGCCACAGCCCGGGCACCCUGGGUGUCUACGUGCGUGUCAACGGGGGUCCCUUGGGCAGCGCUGUCUGGAAUAUGACUGGAUCCCAUGGCCGCCAGUGGCACCAGGCCGAGCUGGCUGUCAGCACCUUCUGGCCCAGUGAAUACCAGGUGCUGUUUGAGGUCCUCAUCUCCCCAGACCGCAGGGGCUACCUGGGCCUGGAUGACAUCCUGCUUUUCAGCUACCCCUGCGCGAAGGCCCCGCACUUCUCCCGCCUGGGCGACGUGGAGGUCAACGCAGGCCAGAAUGCGUCCUUCCAAUGCAUGGCGGGGGGCAGAGCUGCAGAGGCUGAGCACUUCUUCCUUCAGCGGCAGACGGGGGCGCUGGUGCCAGCGGCUGGCGUGCGGCACAUCAGCCACCGGCGCUUCCUUGCCACUUUCUCGCUGGUCGCUGUGGGCCGCGCGGAGCAGGACCUGUACCGUUGUGUGUCUCAGGCCCCGCGCGGCGCUGGCGUCUCCAACUUCGCGGAGCUUAUUGUCAAGGAACCUCCUACCCCCAUCGCGCCUCCCCAGCUGCUGCGGGCCGGCCCCACCUACCUUAUCAUCCAACUCAACACCAAUUCCAUCAUCGGGGAUGGGCCCAUCGUGCGCAAAGAGAUCGAGUACCGCAUGGCUCGCGGCCCAUGGGCCGAGGUGCAUGCCGUCAGCCUACAGACCUACAAGUUGUGGCACCUGGACCCCGACACCGAGUACGAGAUCAGCGUGCUGCUCACACGCCCCGGGGAUGGCGGUACGGGCCGUCCGGGGCCACCCCUCCUCAGCCGCACCAAGUGCGCAGAGCCCAUGAGGGCCCCCAAAGGAUUGGCUUUUGCUGAGAUCCAGGCCCGCCAGCUGACCCUGCAGUGGGAGCCACUGGGCUACAAUGUGACGCGUUGCCACACCUACAACGUGGCCCUGUGUUAUCGCUACAUCCUGGGCAGCAGCCACAACCAGACCAUCCGGGAGUGCGUGACGAUGGAGCGGGGCGUGAGCCGCUACACCAUCAAGAACCUGCUGCCCUACCGGAAUGUCCACGUGCGCCUCGUCCUCACCAACCCCGAGGGCCGCAAGGAGGGCAAGGAGGUCACCUUCCAGACUGAUGAGGACGUGCCUGGUGGGAUUGCAGCCGAGUCCCUGACCUUCACUCCGUUGGAGGACAUGAUCUUUCUCAAGUGGGAGGAGCCCCAGGAACCCAAUGGUCUCAUCACUCAGUAUGAGAUCAGCUACCAGAGCAUCGAGUCUUCUGACCCAGCGGUGAAUGUGCCUGGCCCACGGCGCACCAUCUCCAAACUUCGCAACGAGACCUACCAUGUCUUCUCCAACCUGCACCCGGGCACCACCUAUCUGUUCUCUGUGCGGGCACGCACGGGCAAGGGCUUUGGCCAGGCGGCGCUCACCGAGAUCACCACCAACAUCUCAGCCCCCAGCUUUGACUACGCUGACAUGCCGGCACCACUGGGUGAGUCCGAGAACACCAUCACUGUGCUGUUGAGGCCGGCACAGGGCCGUGGUGCGCCCAUCAGUGUGUACCAGGUGAUUGUGGAGGAGGAGCGGCCACGGCGGCUGCGGAGGGAGCUCGGCGUCCAGGACUGCUUCCCAAUUCCUCUGACCUUUGAGGCAGCGUUGGCCCGCGGCUUGGUGCACUACUUUGGGGCUGAGCUGGUGGCCAGCAGUCUGCCUGAGGCCAUGCCCUUCACCGUGGGGGACAACCAGACUUACCGUGGCUUCUGGAACCCUCCGCUGGAGCCCAGGAAGUCCUACCUUAUCUACUUCCAGGCGGCAAGCCACCUGAAGGGGGAGACUCGGCUGAACUGCAUUCGCAUCGCCAGAAAAGCUGCCUGCAAGGAGAGCAAGCAGCCCCUGGAGGUGUCGCAGAGGUCGGAGGAGAUGGGCCUUAUCCUGGGCAUCUGUGCGGGGGGCCUUGCUGUCCUCAUCCUCCUGCUAGGCGCCAUCAUCAUCAUCAUCCGCAAGGGGAGGGACCACUACGCCUACUCCUACUACCCGAAGCCAGUGAACAUGACCAAGGCCACGGUCAACUACCGCCAGGAGAAGACGCACAUGAUGAGUGCUGUGGACCGGAGCUUCACGGACCAGAGCACCCUGCAGGAGGAUGAGCGCCUGGGCCUGAGCUUCAUGGACGCCCAUGGCUACAGCCCGCGGGGAGAGCAGCGCGGUGGUGGGGUCACUGAGGCCAGCAGCCUCCUGGGGGGCUCCCCACGGCGUCCAUGUGGCCGGAAGGGCUCCCCAUACCACACGGGGCAGCUGCACCCUGCGGUGCGUGUGGCCGACCUCCUGCAACAUAUCAACCAGAUGAAGACGGCUGAGGGCUAUGGCUUCAAGCAGGAGUACGAGAGCUUCUUUGAAGGCUGGGAUGCCACAAAGAAGAAAGACAAGCCCAAGGGUGGCCGGCAGGAGCCUGUGCCUGCCUAUGACCGACACCGAGUGAAACUGCACCCGAUGCUGGCAGACCCCAACGCCGACUACAUUAACGCCAACUACAUAGACGGUUACCAUCGUUCCAACCACUUCAUAGCCACCCAAGGGCCAAAGCCCGAGAUGAUCUACGACUUCUGGCGUAUGGUGUGGCAGGAACACUGCUCCAGCAUCGUCAUGAUCACCAAGCUGGUCGAGGUGGGCAGGGUAAAGUGUUCGCGGUACUGGCCUGAGGACUCAGACAUGUAUGGGGACAUCAAGAUUACUCUGGUGAAGACAGAGACCCUGGCUGAGUAUGUUGUGCGCACCUUUGCCCUGGAAAGGAGAGGCUACUCUGCCCGGCAUGAGGUCCGCCAGUUCCACUUCACUGCGUGGCCAGAGCAUGGCGUGCCCUACCAUGCCACGGGGCUACUGGCCUUCAUCCGCCGCGUGAAGGCCUCCACCCCGCCCGAUGCGGGGCCCGUGGUCAUCCACUGCAGCGCGGGCACUGGCCGCACUGGUUGCUACAUCGUCCUGGAUGUGAUGCUGGACAUGGCCGAGUGUGAGGGAGUCGUGGACAUCUACAACUGCGUGAAGACCCUCUGCUCCCGGCGCGUCAACAUGAUCCAGACUGAGGAACAGUACAUUUUCAUCCAUGAUGCAAUCCUGGAGGCCUGCCUGUGUGGGGAGACCACCAUCCCUGUCAGUGAGUUCAAGGCCACCUACAAGGAGAUGAUUCGUAUUGAUCCUCAAAGUAAUUCCUCCCAACUGCGGGAAGAGUUCCAGACACUGAACUCAGUGACGCCAGCGCUGGACGUGGAGGAGUGCAGCAUCGCCCUGCUGCCCCGGAACCGCGACAAGAACCGCAGCAUGGAUGUCCUGCCACCUGACCGCUGCCUGCCCUUCCUCCUCUCUACUGACGGGGACCCCAACAACUACAUCAACGCAGCCCUGACUGACAGCUAUACUCGAAGCGCGGCCUUCAUCGUGACCCUGCACCCGCUGCAGAGCACCACGCCCGACUUCUGGCGUCUGGUCUACGACUAUGGGUGCACCUCCAUCGUCAUGCUCAACCAGCUCAACCAGUCCAACUCUGCCUGGCCCUGCCACCAGUACUGGCCAGAGCCGGGCCGCCAACAGUAUGGCCUCAUGGAGGUGGAGUUUGUGUCAGGCUCAGCGGAUGAGGACUUGGUGGCCCGAGUUUUCCGGGUGCAGAAUGUGUCUCGGCUGCAGGAGGGACACCUGCUGGUGAGGCACUUCCAGUUCCUGCGCUGGUCUGCGUACCGGGACACACCUGACUCCAGGAAGGCCUUCCUGCACCUGCUGGAUGAGGUGGACAAGUGGCAGGCUGAGAGCGGGGAUGGGCGCACCAUUGUGCACUGCCUAAAUGGGGGCGGCCGCAGCGGUACCUUCUGCGCCUGCGCCACGGUCCUGGAGAUGAUUCGCUGCCACAACCUGGUGGAUGUUUUCUUUGCUGCCAAAACGCUCCGGAACUACAAGCCCAACAUGGUGGAGACCAUGGAUCAGUACCACUUCUGCUACGACGUGGCCCUGGAGUACCUGGAGGGGUUGGAGUCCAGAUAGCAGGGGGCCACUGGCCUGAGGUGCCCAUCUCGCACUCGGGGCCAAGCCUGCCACCUUGCACCGGCCGGGAAGACCUGUACCUUCAGCUUCAUCUAAGCCGCAGCCCCCGUGGAAGACGCUCUGGGGUGGACGCUGGGCCAGCUGGGUGUGCCCUGCUGCUGUGGGCCCAGGAGGAGCCAUCUAGCCUGCAGCCCCUGCCCAGUUUUAUGGGGUCCAGCAGGCCCCGCCUGGCAGGGCUGUCAGGUGCCUGCUCUGGGGGAUUCAAGCUGAGUAGCUCCUAGCCUCCAUAUAGCCCACGGCAGAGAUCUGUGGGGCCUGGCAGAGUCCCAGGCCCUGCUGUCCACCUGCUGCACUCCCUCUGUUCGCGGGCAGGGGUGUGCUGGCGUUGGCAUCUAGAAACCCUGAGGG